UUUUUGUCUUGAAACUGUAAAGAAUAUAUUUUUUGCUUGUUUUGAAUUUGACCUCAAAAAUAUUUGUCAAGCCCUUGGUAUCGCUACUGACAGAGUAAAAGCUGACCUGAUUCAGAGAUUAAGAAAGCAUCUAAAAGGAAAGAACCGUGCUGAAAGCAAUGACACUGAACUAUUCUAUAAAAACGAAGAGAAAGGUUCAAACACGAUGGGAGCAGAACCAUGGGACUCCUUAGUUAGAGAACAAUCGCUAAGUCUUGAAAAUGACAAACUGGAACCUAGACAAAAUUUACUAAAUAAAAAACGUCGUCUACCAAAUGAUGAGAAUUGUGAAUCAACAGAAAGUAAAAUAUUAACAGAGUUUAAGCAAUUAGAAAGUGCUGUAUUAACAAUGAAUAAUAAGUUGAAUACUGUAACGGCGCAAGUACAUGAUACAAAACAAAAAGUUGAAGUAAAUGAAACUUGGCAGAAACAUAAGUUUGAAAAAUUACACGAUCAACAUGAAGUAGCUGAAGGAUAUGACUGGGAUAUUGCAUCUGCCUUACCUGAUACGCAAAAUGAUUGGAUGAAGGAAAAGAAUUCGUUAAUUGAAAAGGCGAAGACAUUAGUGAAAGUAAAAAAGCCAACUAGAGAAGCAAAAACAAUAAUCCAAAUUCCAGCAAGUGCUAUAUCUAUAAAGGAUAUGGACAUUAUGCAAGUAAAUGUCCAUCAGAUUCGAACAAAGACAAUUACAAGUACCGAACCUACCAUUCACGAGGAUAUACUUCCUACAAGAGCAAAUAUGAUAGAAGCUACAACAAUGGAGACAAUGAGAACAGAAAGCAUAAUUGACUACACUCAAGCACAAUAUCACAUACCAGUAACUGGACACUUGCAUAUGAAACAACACGUAAAUUACUGGAAAACUAAAAUACAGGCAUUAGAACUAAUAGUAAACUGGUUGGAAAAUGGCAUUUCCUUAUUUCCAAAAGAGCUAUUAGUACUGGCGAACCAACCAAAUCCUCCGCACUAUCCUUUAACCAAAGAACAAGAUAAAUAA